AUCUUUGUUCGGAAGCAGAAAUUAAGCGAAUUCUUCUACGAUGAAGUGUGCCAUCUUCUGCUGCUUACUUGCAUUAUGUGCCUUAGAACUAGUAAAUGCAGAUCUGAAUACUAGACUAAGUAACUUAUAUUUAAAGUCUUUGGAGAAUAUCACGAAGUACAUAACACCAAAGUUUAACGAAAUAGAGGAUUUGGUUCAUUCAAAGCAGAGGAAAAAACAUUGUCUGGACACCUUCAACUCCUCACACAGUAAACUUAAAACACGGAAAGUAAUUUCGUUAAAUAAAUGUCUUCAGGAUGGCCGUGACGCAAAUGAUUACAUGAUUGCGGAUGCUUGCUGUUCAUCAGAUAUUCAAUCUUUACAAACUGCGAUUGAUACCAUGUAUAAUGACGCUAUUAAGUGCCUCCAUCGUAGAAGUACGCAAUCUUCUGGUAACUGA